AACACCCAGCAGCACAGAGAACACAGGCAGCAGAGAGAGAGGCUGUGUGAUCAGAGCUCUCAGGAACAGAGGGGGUUAAGCAGCACAGCUUUAGCUACACAUGUCUGACUAGAGUUAUACAGACAGAGCAGAGCAUGGGCUGCUCCUGAAUCACUGCUCCUGCGGUCCUGAACCAGCCAGACUGUGUCUCAGAGCUGUAGUGUCUGAGGAACAGGUACUGAACCCCUGCUGGUUCUGAGCAGUACAGUGGGAUGAGGGUUACAGGCUGCCAGCUGUAAACAGGCUUCACUGAAGACCUUUUGCCCAGAACCUACACUUAACUGGAAAUAAAGAAGCACACAAGAAGCUUCGUUCAGUAAUAACGUGAGGAAGAACUAAAUAAACCACGAUGAUUGACCUGAGCUACCUAACCGAGGAGGAGCAGGGGAUGAUUAUGACAGUGUUAAAGAGGGACGCAGAACUGAAGAAGUCAGAAGAGGAACGAAUCAAACACUUGAAUAAAGCAGCUCCUGAGGAGGGUAGAAUGAAGUACGUGACGGGAGAGUGGUUCUAUGAGGCAAAGUCUCAGAGGCACCAGGACAGAAUUCAUGGCUCUGAUAUCAUCAUAGCAUCUAUGAAACAGAAAAAGCCCAUGACUGUUGAAUUUUUAACUCAGUCGUGGAGAGAACGCUCCAGUAAAAGUAACAACGAUGCUUCAACACCAAAACCAGGAACAGCAAACAAUCUCCAGAGUGAGACAUCAGAAGCUCAGCAGGACAGACUGAAUUUGGCUAUGAGGUCACCAUCCAGACCGAGGCACAACCCAUUUAACAGCGUUCCAAUAAACCUCGACCUUGAAGACAUCAACAGCCAGUUGAUAACCAAUGAAGCCCCAGGACCUAAAAAUCAGAAAGCAUCAAUUAAUGCAGAAAUGAUGCUACCGCCAAAAAUGGAACCAAAAAUGGAAGCAAAAAACGAAAUCUCCGACACUGUACGAGAAAUAGCUCCUCGCCAAAAACCUGUGCCAAGAAAGAGAACCAAACUUUACCAAACGUAUAAAUUCCAGAACUCGGUUUCAGACAGCGCCAGCUCCCAGACCUCCCAGACUGUGUCUACAAGCUCAAGCGUUCGGUCCCCUGUGUCCACAGAGAGUUUCUCAACAAACUCCAGCACCACUUUCCCUGCGUCCACCCCCAGCAUCUCUACCAUCUCAGACAGCACAUCUACUAUCUCCACUCAGAGCAAGGCUACAAGCUCAGACAUCAGAUCUCCUCCACCCAGAGGAAUCCUCAAACACACCUCCAGCUUAAGCUCCAACGACGCCAAUGUCAAGAGCCAACUGCCCCAACCCAUCAGCCGCCUCAGCUCCAUUCCCUCCAACACUGCUGCAGAAAAAACUGCAGCCGUAACCCAGCUGAAUACAGAGUCCAAUAUCAAUUCAAAAGAUGAAAAAUUACAGAGUUCCUCUUCACCGCUGACAGCGACCUCGCCAAAAUCACGUUUACCAGUGAGAUCUCCAGUACCUUUGAAUGGUUCAGAGCAGACAGCACAAGAGAAGCCAAAAAUCCAGCCGCGGCUGAGUUUGACUUCCAGCACACGUUCAGAGGACGAGCUAAAAAACACCUCCAUAUCACACACAGCCAAGCAAAAACCUGAAAACCAUACUAACACCAAUAGAUCAACACCCACAAAAACAGAAAACCAAAAGAUGAACGGUCAACCAAAAACAGAACCUCUGUACGUUCCUACACCAACUUCCACAUCAACACUGAACAGCCCAUUAAAUGAGACCAUUAGUCCUCAAAUCUCACCGCAAAAACUGAAGGAAGAGGAGAAUAAGAUGUUCAAAAAGGACAUUGAAAAGACACAGGCACAACGAGAUCAUCCUCAGAACAUCUUCGAUCAGCAUGACUAUGAAGCCACCAACAAAGUUGACCCAGCCUUGAGUUCUCAAAUGGUAGAUGCUCCACCCACUUUUAACGCAAAGACGAAGAUCAAUUUGGAACCUGAGGACCAAAGACAUCCUGAUAUGGUAAAUUAUUCUGCUCCAAGCCCCACUGAGGAGCAGGGAGACUCCAUUGCGAAAGUUCUGGAGUGGUUCAGCAGGAGCUCGGACAGCAGCGACAAGCUAGGGUCUGAGGGCAGUGUGCAAGACAUGGAGGAUGAUGCAAAAAUCGACGACAUUGACUUUGAUGACGGGAUAAACGUAAGACCGAAAGCAGAGGAUAACGUCUAUUUGAUUAUUCCAAGACAAAGCCAUGAGAAUACUCCAGAAGCGAAUGAGGUGUUUUCGAAGGACACUGACUGGGGGGAGGAGCUGAGUGUGGACGAGCCUGAGCCAGAACCUCCUAGAAAAACGUCCUUAAAAGAUGUUAAGGAACAAAAGUUUGAACCUAAGUCUUCGAGAGUUGAACAACUCCCUGUUGCUGGAUCUUCUACUUAUGGUUCUUUUCAGACAGAGAAUACUGCUCAUACGUUUAAGAUGGACAUGUCUGAAAAAGCAAGUUCAAAAGAGAAAGUACCAGAGAUAGUGAACAAAAAAGAAGAGAUAAGAAAUGUUGACAAGCUGGAAAGCACAGGCAGUAAACUAAUUCAAGCACAACAGAGCGAGACAGUAGACCUUGAAGAGAAUCAGCCACCAAAGAUUGCCAAUUUGAAGACUUUCUGGGAAAGAGGCAACGCUGGUCCAAAGAUCCUGGUUAGCAGAUCAAACAUGGCUUCUGAGAAGGAAAACAAACCUCUCAAACAAAAUGAGGUUGGGAAGAAAGUGGAAGAUUACAUAGAGGAACCACCCAGAGUUCAGCUGAGUUUAGAAGAUGCAGUUGUUGAAACAAAGGAUCAAGCAAGUGUGAAGAAAGUUUUGAAUGUAGACGAAAGAGUAGAUAUUGUCAGCACAGGACCUAAUGUUGAUAAAUAUGAACAAGAAACCAUUUCUAAAGAUACGGAACGACCGUGGAGUUUCACUAAACUAAAGAAAGAUCCAGUGGCUUUCCACGGCCCUCUAGAAAGAGACGACAUUUCUCCAACUUUGCAACUGAAACCAUCCUCACCUUCCCUUGACAGUGGUUCCUUUUCAGGAGGCCAGACCGCUGAAAAUAAGAGAGAAGCCAUGAGCAUUAACAGUAGUGAGGGAGAUCGCAUGUCCCCUGCAUUACUUACAGGGAAGUUCGACCACAAAGCAGAGAUUGAAGAUAAAGAAUCACAAACCAAACCUGGAUCUCCUCCCAAAUCCAGCAUUCCCAUCCAGCAGCCAAAUCCAGUCUCAUUACCGAAGCAGCAGAGUGGGCAGCAGACAGACAACAGGGCGGAGAGGAUAAAACAGCUUAAAAUGUUCUGGGAGAAAGAAAAAUGGGAACCCAAGAUAUACGUAAGACCAGCAGCAGCAGGAGGCGAUGACUCCAAGUCACCUAUGACCUCCUCUUCCAAACUAAACAAACGAUUUACAAAGUCAGAGUUUGAUCUCCGAUACAUAGGUACCGAUUUUGAUGAUGACCCUGAGGACAAUGGACCAGGUAGAGGAACUCAGUCUCCAAAUUUCACUGUUCUUCCACUCCGAGACAGAAUUGACAAGUCAGGCAUAGCAGAAAGCAUGAACAGUUCACAGUUCAAGAACCUUCGAGAGUUCUGGGCAGGGACUUCCUCCAAGCGCUCACCUGCCUUUGAGAGCAAAAUCCAAAGCCAAAGACCUUUAAGCCCAGAAGUAAAGCCUUCAAAGACAGAGAGAAGCUUCCAGUCAUCUCCAAAAGACAGGAAUCCUGCCAAAAGACUUGAUUCUCCUUCAGGUGAGCCAGACCUUCUGAGAUCAUCUCAUUCAUCUCAAACAAGGAGAAGCUCACAGUCAUCUCUGAAGGACACAGUUCCUCCUAAACCUCUAGGUAUCCUCAAGGAUAAGGAUUCAAGGCAACAGGGUAGAAGAAGCAGUAAAGGAAUGUUGAACAGUAAAGGAAAUUCUCUUCGGCGUGCCACUAGUAUGUUCUCAUUGAACUUGGAUGUUGAUGAUGACGAUGACGACCAAGGUCAAGAAUCGAAUUUGCAAUCCAAGAAAGCACCUGACGCAAAUCUCGCCCAGCCGAGAAAGGCAGCAGAAGUUAACAUGUCACCGUCUAGGAAGACCCCGGAAGCUAAUUCACAAGUCAAGAAGUCUCAGUUUGAAGUCACUAAAGCCAAGGAGAAAGUCGGUGAAGGAAAACCCCCACGCUACAUUCCUGAAGAUCCCGAUUCCCAACCUCUUGCCAGGUCUUUCGUUCCACGGGACUACCAGCAUUACCUGGGAAUCUCAGAAGACAGACGCAUGUUCACUCCUCCCCAAAUCUCCGAGCAGAAGUGUGAAAUAGUCUGCACCCCAUUCCAGACAUCUCCAGAGACAGGCUGCAGCCCGAGGUGCUCGCCAGUGCAGGCUAGCACUCCGCUGGGCUCUGCAGAGCUCCGGGCCAGGAGAGGGAGCCUGGGUACUCGGCCGAGUGCAUACAGCCCUGAAGAUCUCAGCCAAGAUACUUUACAUACAGUGGACUCCUGGUCCCGUUCAAACCGGCCAAGUACAAACCGUAAUGAGGAGAACCCUGUUCAGAGUGCGCUCAGACGAGCUGCUGCCAGACCCAUUUACCAUAAAAGCCUCGAAGACCUUACUGCAGUACCAAAAUCAACCAGGAAAAGCAGUCAAGUGGAUGAGUCUGUGCCAGAUAGCUAUGAUGUCUCCAGCACUCCAUCCCCACCUUCAUCCUCCUUCUCAGACCCGGAGCACCUGAGGAAACUCAGCAAAUCCGUUCCCUCUUUCCUGCAGAAGGAGAAUGAUGAAGGAGAAAGUGACUCUACCUCAGAUUACAGUUCUCCUAGUGGCAUGCACUGGAGGAAUGGUGGACCCCGCAGUCAUCUUAGCAGCAACUCUGUCUCUGCAUCUUCUGUUAGCGGGAGCGUGAUGAGCAUCUACAGCGGAGACUUCACCAGUGUCGAAGUUCAGGGAACCAUCCAGUUCUCUCUCAACUAUGUGCAGAAGCUGAGGGAGUUCCACAUCUUUGUGGUUCAGUGCAAAAACCUGGCUGCAGUAGAUCCCAAGAAGAACCGCUCGGACCCGUAUGUUAAAAGUUAUCUAAUCUCUGACUCUUCCAAUCUGGGAAAAAGAAAAACAUCAGUGAAAAAGAGGACGCUGAACCCUACAUACAAUGAGAUUUUAAGGUAUCGAGUUCGGAUGGAGUAUUUAAAAACGCAGGUUCUUAACCUCUCUGUUUGGCACAAUGACACGUUCGGACGCAACAGUUUCCUGGGAGAGAUCGAGAUUGACCUCUCUACGUGGGAUUUCGGGAACACCAAGAUAAAAUCUUUAUCCCUCAAAUCCAGGACCACGAGCAGCAUCCAGCCUGCAGACGACCGAGGCGAGAUCAGACUGGCUGUCCGUUUCUUACCGCAGCUCACCCACUCAAAGACAGUCCCCAACUCAGGUGAAGUGCAUAUCUGGGUUAAAGACUGCAAGAACCUGCCCUUGAUCAGAGGAGCGUCUAUAGAUCCAUAUGUGAAAUGUUUUGUGCUGCCGGAUACCAGCAAAAAGAGCCGUCAGAAGACGCGGGUGUUAAAGAGGACGGCGAACCCUGUGUUUAACCACACCAUGGUGUACGACGGCUUCAGAGCGGAGGACCUGAAGGAAGCCUGCAUAGAGCUGACCGUGUGGGACCGGGACCGGCUGGCCAAUCAUCUGCUGGGAGGGCUGCGGAUGGGCCUGGGAACAGGUAAAAGCUAUGGUGUAAAUGUGGACUGGAUGGACUCCACUGCAGAGGAAAUGGCAUUAUGGGAAAGAAUGAUGGAACUGCCAAAUGAAUGGAUUGAGGAUGUCUUGCCGUUAAGAAUGCUGACCCCAGCUAAAAAUACAUGGAAAUAACCAAAUCAAAACUGCUAAACAGAGAUUAUAUAUAUAUACAUAUAUUACAACUUUAAUUACUCUGCAUUUCUAAUAAAUUAGUAUAUAUUUGCAUAUGUUUUUUUACUGCACUUUCAUACUCGCCUUAUUAUUUUAUUUUGUUCCAACUAAAAUCUACAUUUGAAUAAAUUCACCCAGUAUCUUA